AUGACAUCGGACGGCGCAGGGGCCGCUGCGUCGCUCCAACAAUACCACCACUCGGUCAACCGGCUCCUCGUUGGCAUGACCUUGUCUUCGGCCCUGUCUGGGAUGGUGAUGGUCCUGUCUGUACUGUCUCUCGCUGUGCUCUGGCGUCGUGGAGUCCAGCACCGUGCCGCCCAGGCGCUUCUUGUCGCAACGAUCCUGCUUCUGCUCUCGACCGUCAUAUUUUUCGCCGCGUCGAUCGUCUCCGCGUUUGCGACCACCCGUCUGCUCUACAGCCAAGCGACGGGCGACCUUGACGACGUCGCCGCCCACCUCCACACUGCAUACGUCGCGUCUGUGGUCGUCACAUGCACGCUGGUCAUCAACGUCACCGUCGGCGAUACCGUCGUCUUCUGGCGCGCCGCGGCGCUCUGGGGCUAUCAGCGGUGGAUCAACAUCAUGGCCGGUGUGCUCAUAGUCGCUACAGUCGUCAGCGGAAUCCUCGCCACGGCGUACGUCUCCCCCGUGUUCUCCGGCCCCGGCCCCAGCGGCGGCCCGCUCUACCAGCCACCCAAGUCCAUCGGCGUGGGGACCGGGUUCGCGUCCCUCGUGUGUUCUGUGACCGCGAACGUCGUCGCGACUGCGCUCAUCACGGCUAAAACUUGGACGCACUGGAAGACGAUCAAGCAUAGCCUGGCGGAACACGACACAUUUCCCCGCGCGCUCUCCCUCCUCCUGCUCCUCAUCGAGACGGGCAUUGCGUACUCGGCGAUGUGGCUCUUCGUUGCCGUCUUCUUCGGACUCAGCAUCACCCGGCCCCCCGGGACUGUGGCCACAUACAGCUCUGUUGUCGGCAUCUUCGUGGGUUCGUGCGCCGUGCCUCUCGUGGCGAUGUACCCGAUGUCGAUCAUCACGAUCUUCGCCCUGAAGCAGUCGCCGUUGGAGCAGUCGGCAAGCCUGCUCACGACCGUCCCUUUCAGUCCGCACAUUGGCUUUGACGGGUUCCAGAGCGACGCAGACACGGUGCCCACCACCCCCGAGAAAACGGACCACAUUCGGAGCAUCGCCGACGCGCGAUGA